GGACUUUUUGGAGAGGCUCUGUGAUGACUUCAUGCAUAAGAACACGUUUUGGAUUUUCCUUGGGAUUUUCCCUUCUCUCCAUACGGGGGAUAUAUAGAGGCUGUGGGACAGAAGAAAGUCAGAUCUUGCUGAUCAUUUGCCUGUUCAGAAAAGUCACUCCAAGCUGCUAACAUGCAGAUCUCUCUGGCUGUUCUUUCUCUUCUUCUGCUAACUGCCUGCUGCUCCCAGGUUCAGUGUGGUAGGGGCUUUCUUCCAACAUCCUGCUGCUUUAAGUUUACUAAGAACCGGCUAUCACCCAAACAAGUGAAAAGCUAUUAUAUCACCAGCAGCUUCUGCCCCCAUUCUGCUGUUGUAUUUACAACAAGAAAAGGAAUUAAAAUGUGUGCCAAAUCAAGCAACAAAUGGGUGACUGAUCUUAUCAUCCAGCUGCCUGCAAAUUAAUUCCAAUUUAUAUGCUGUCUCUUUUGACUACAAGUUGGUGUGCGCCAGAUAUAGGAACGCCAAUGCAUUCUAACACCUGCAUGUCAAUGAUAGUUUUUGUGUUAAUUUUGGCAUGGCUUCCACCAUUACCCUUAUAUGAAGUAUACCUAUAAACAAUGUGUUCUAUUGCAUUGCCCACCAUACAUUGGACAUAUAGCCUCACCCUAAACCUAAAGAGAGGCGCAACAGCAUAGGUUUCAGUGUGCCCUGCCUGACAUUGUUUGUUAUAGACUUUUUUUUGCUCAUUGUAAGACACUUGAAGCACAUGCAGAAUGGCUGGGGAUAGCCCUCAUUAUCCAUCCAGAGAACGUAUUAAUUGCUUUAUAAAAUAUCUUUUAUACCAUCCACCUUUACUGUGCAAAAUCUGAAUCUAGGGGACAGAUUUAUUAAAAAUCUGUAAAAUUUCUCGUUUGUUAUUCCUCUGAGGGUUAUAGAUUUGUCCUUCAUUUUUUAGUAAACAUUUAGGUAAACACAUUUCAAGAUGUUCUUCUGGACAGGGAUUGGUAUUUGUAUAUUUUGUGUAUUUAUUUUAUUCAUCCUUAGUUACUCAGAAGAGCCAAAUCUUAUUAUUUUUGUAGAAGUAAAGUAUCACUUUUUCCCAAUACAAAAUCCUCAGGUCCAGUCAACAGUAGGAGAUGACUUAGAAAUCAACUAGAAGGAUAUUAUGAGAUAUUGUUAUAUCUGUAGCUGUAAAUUAUACUUCGAUCAACUUUUUAUUUUUAAAUGUACUUGUAUUUAUUUUGGACAUUUAUUG